AUAACUAAAAGAAGUCAGUGACAGUGACAUAGGAUUCGAUAACAGUGGAGGGGGUUGCUGCCGAAUAAAAGACGAACAUAGGCUCUGAAAUCAAAGAGUCGUUCGGUUUUGGUCAAGGAGCAAGGAUGUGGGCCUAUUUGGGUUUGAUAAUUUUGGCAAGUGGCCUGACUCACGUGAGGACGGCCGUUGUUGUGGGUAAAGCGGACAACAUCGUAGCCAACAACAUCGAAACUGACAACAUCGAAUCCAGUAGGUCAGUGUCACCGGGACUCUUUUCGGACUUUCGUUAUGUUUAUCAAGUUUACGAGGAGUGCAAAAACGAAAAUUUCGCCACCUGUUUGAAAAUGAAACUGGUGACUACACUGGAUUCUGCGGUGCGGUCGGUGCGUAGGAUUUCGCUGUUGGAGGGUGUUGCCCUGGUUCGCGAUGACGACCCCUCAGUGAUGGCAGCCCCCCCUGUCACCCGGGAACAGCUCGACUCCUCCCUCCCCCGCGCACUCGACCAGCGUGAUGACACCCUCGAUGCGCUCAUCUUCGACAAGCUCAUGCAGGUGUUUCAUACGCACAGCUUACAGUUCAAGCUGCUAGAUGACAACAGUGCUCGUAGCUUUGGCUGGGAAGCUGAAGGUGCCAGAAAACGCAAGGGCCUGAACUCGUUGCUUCUGGUGGCGAUGCUGCUGGGCGGAACAAUGAUCCCGCUCAAGUUCGGCGCCCUGGCUCUGCUGGCCGGCAAGGCGCUCAUCAUCAGCAAGCUGGCCCUCGCCCUGGCGCUCAUCGUCGGACUCAAGAAGCUGGUGGGCGGCGGCGGAGGUCACGAGACGUCCUACCAAGUGGUCACGGUGCCCGGUCACGGUCACGGCGCCUCGCACUACAAGCGCAGCAUCCACGAGACCCAGGCCGAUGCCAGCGACAUGGCCUACGCGUACUACGAUCCCAAACUGCAACACUGACCUCAUCCCUCCCUCAUCCACCGAUCACACAUCAAGCCAAAGGACUGACUAAUUUAUUUGCCACUGCUAUUAUUUAUUCUAAUUUAUUUACUAUAAAGUACAAAUUGAAUUGA